AUGGAUGGCAUCAAAAAGGACGAGGUCUCAUGGGCUGUGGAACCGCGACAGGAGACCGGGAAUGUUCUCUUCAAGAUCUCUUUGUACAAAGACAAACUUUUCGUUGGUGAGGCUCAGACUGUUGUGACCACUCUGACGAAAUUAUCCUUGCCAGCUGAGCUGCUGCAAUCGUGGCCUUCAGCUCAGCAUUUUGACGUCAACAUCGAGGGAAUCACAGCGUGGAUGUCGUUCAAUGUUAGUAAAACAGGUCUACAAGCGCCACUGAAGCCACCUACGGCGCCAACAAAUGUGCGCCUUUACGCAACUCAACAGAAAACUGUUGACGGCGCGAGGGCGAUCAUUUCUCUGUUUUGGUCACCACCAGAGGAUUGGAAUGGGGCACCAUUUCAGUAUAUUAUUAAUUGCACCAAGGACGACGGUACUUUGCAAGGUGGUCCCGUAGCAAGUACGAUUACUCACAUCUCCUUUGAAGUUAAAAGUGGUAAGGUUGAAUGCUCUGUGGCAGCCGCCAAUGAGCCGAACAAUGUCGGCGAGUUUACGCCGAAAAUUUCCAUUGAUAGCAGCGAACUGAAGCCUUUGGUGCGACUUUUCGCUAUUGACUCCACCAAUGCACUUAUUGCCAUCACAAACGUUACACAGGAUGAGCCGGCAAAAAAGGAAAAACGCCAGAUUUCUCAAGUGAAUCGGAUGGAGUACCAGGCCAUCGCAUUUAUCGCCAACGAUUUGUUUGCAGUGAGGACCGAACCUGAUUCUCUGCAGCCCGUUUUAGUUCAGAUUGAUACUAAUGAUAUUGACAAUAUUGUCCAUAAAGUUUCCAUUGGUGGUGAUGUGACUCGAGUGGACACGAUGACGUCUGACUGGGUCGGAAAUAGGCUUUUACUGGUAUCUGGACAGGCUCUCUACCAACUACCACUAGAUGCAUUUCUGACCACGUCCCUUCUCACACCUAGAAAACUCAUCGAACUUUCAACAGGAGCCACUGACGCCAAGCAACUGACCUUUGAUCCAUUCAAAAACACUGCCUAUUUGCUAACAAGGAACGGAUCUUUGUUCAUGCUUAACCUCUCAAGAAAUCAUGUGAAGAAUAUGGCUUUAGUAGCGCACUGCUUGGCCAGUCAAACAGUCACAUGGAUGAUGACAGAAAAGGGACUGAAAGCUAUGUCUGCUUUUGCAAUAGCCGACAAGUUAUUCAUCUUCGUUACCUCUUCCGAAAUGCUAAUCUACGGUCGCGAAACUGUGGUGCCCAUACCUAUUGCGUAUCCACCGCUGCGACAAAUCCUAGCUGUGAGUCAGAGCAGCCAACCAUAUCCUGAACGGGCUUGUUUCGCUUUGCCAUCAUCCGCUGGAAUACAGUUCACCAUGGUAAACGAAGGCAAAACUGGUGCUUACCUUGAGGUUUCGAAGCCUCCUCCGCCGAACAUUUGUCACGGUGUUUCGUUACCACAAACUCAUUACGAGGUAUAUUUCAACCGAAAAAAUUCGGACAAAGUCAAGCAUAUACGCAGCUAUACUGAGAAAAUUCAUGUGGAAAAUGGUAUCCUUGAUAAAGAAACAGACUACGAAGUAACAGUGGCGUGGCUGAAUCGAUACUCGGAAGCUAGUGGUACAUCGGAUCCAAAACCGUUCAGAACAGGAUUCGGAUAUCCAUCUGCUCCGCGUUCAUUGCAAGCAGUUGCCAUCACCCCUGACACUGUCUACUUAUAUUGGAAUUUGCCUGCAACAUUAAACGCCCCUAUUGCUGAAAUUAAGUACAAGAAAAAUAUGCAAGACUUGAUAAGACAUACAUUGCGAGAUUGUUAUAAAAAAGCUUCAUGUUGUCCCAUUUUCUUGUUCUGGGGCUUAAAUUUAAAUAAGCUUCCAAGAACUGUCAUUUUUCUUCCGCGUGCACCCGCAGCAUUUCAGAUCUCACAACAGGCGUCUGGUCUCACAUCUCCAUCCAGCAUUGCAGUGCAGGAGUACGCCAAUGGAGCGUUUUCGACGACCACUUCCGACUCAGCAUCGUGUCUUGCCAGCCCGUAUGCUGAAGCGAUUUCGCAAGAGGCGUCUGCACGUACUAAGGACAUCCCUGGAACUCUGCGGCCUGACAACGUGAGUGGAUCAUCACUUCUACUCAGAUGGAACAGCUUGCAAGCUGAACAACCCCCAUCUAUCAUUGCGGUACAGUAUAAAGAGACUGGUGGAACGAUUCUCAUAAACGGUCUCCUGUCGGCAACUUCGUACGACUAUCGUUUUGUUGCUGUCUAUUCGGGAACGUUUUCUGUCGAGAAUGGAGUCAUAGCAUUCAAAGAGUUCUACUAUCAGGGCAUUCAGCACGCAAAGACAAAAGGCAAGCUACUUCUGUGCGGUCAUUUAUUAAUGCUAACCUGCUUAAUGCGUCGUCGUUCAGCUGGAGUACCAACAGCACCACAACAGGUUGAUGCACGAAUGGAUGAUGAAGGUUGGAUCGUGUCGUGGAAGGAGCCAGCCAGUGAUGGUGGAUCACCCAUUACCAGUUAUGCAGUGGAGAUGAGACAAAAUCGCUCGUCGGAAUGGGAGAUCGCCGAGCGUGGUCUGGAUGGUUGGAAGCUAUGGUGGAGGCCAGCGAAGAAUAGCCGAAAAUCCUGGGAAUUCCGUGUACGAGCAGCAAAUACUGAAGGAUUCGGGGCAUAUGGUUAUUCUAACGAUACGGUCGGCCGAGUACGGGCGCGUGCAAAUGAAUUAAAAAAAGAACGGAAUCACGACGAGAACUGCAUUACAUUGGAGAAAAUUGCUGGUUUAAAUCAUGCUCCAAGCCAACCGAUGCCACCGGACAUGAUUAACGAAAUAAAAAAUCUUCCACAUGUACGUUCGGAUUUCGUUCGUCUAGAAAAGAAAUUGGGUACAGGAAGCUUUGGAGAAGUGUGGGAAGGUGUAGCCACCCAAUUACCAAUGAGGGACAGAGAGACCAGAGUGGCAAUAAAGACUUUACAUCCAGGUUAUGAAGAAUCAGAAAAGAUCAAAUUUAUGAAGGAAGCAAUAUUGAUGAAGUUUGUUUUUGAAACAUUCGUUUACUCUUUAAUCUCUACCCAACAUGCUCAAAAUCGUUGCCUUUGGUUUAGUUCGCCAACUGAUUCUUCCCCAUCGCAACUUUCACUGCGGGACGUCCUGUCAAUGCUGAUAGACGUCGGUCGCGGAUGUGCUUAUUUGGAGUCGAAUCGCCAUGUACACAGAGACUUGGCGGCGAGGAAUUGUUUAAUCAGCUCGAAAACACCACACCACCAUCGGGUGACGAAAAUAGCCGACUUUGGCCUAGCUCGAGGGGUACACAACAGCGAACACUACAAAGUUCGUGGAGAAGAUUUUCUGCCACUUAGGUGGUUGGCUCCCGAAUGCAUUUCGGAUGGAAUUUUUUCUUCCAAAAGUGAUGUGUGGGCUUUUGGGGUUCUAAUGUAUGAAAUUGUUGCGUUGGGACAGCAGCCCUAUCCUUUUAUGAACAACAGUCAGGUGCUCGCUCAUGUCCGAAAAGGUGGCACCCCGGCAAAACCUCUGUACUGCCCCGAUCAACUCUACAAAAUAAUGCUACUUUGUUGGGUGUAUGACAAGGACCGUCGUCCUAGCUUUUCCGAUAUACUUAGCAUGUUCGAGAAACUUCGCGACAAAAUCGAAUUUCAAGACGACAAGCCGUAUCCUCCAUGCUGUGGGCAUUACAAUGGCGCCUUUGACGUCUCGCAGGAUAGUACUUCAAGUGAGCAAAUGGAACUCGAGCGAAGCGUUUCCCAUCAAGGAUACUAUGAUGUCGAAAGGCUUUCCGAGUCGUCUCGUUUUGAAUCUUUGAGCCAGCCGCCAUCAUUUGCUAAUUCAUCUCGUUCCCAAUUCGUAUUACCGUCAAACCUCUCGUGCGACACAACACCGCCGAAGAAGAUAUCAUUUGCUUCAGAUAGUGAAGUGUCCGAAGAAAUACAUAGGAAUGCAUCGCAAGGAUCUUCUCGAAAGAAUCGGGCAUCGGCCCUCCUACCAUCUUCUUCGUACGAAAAACAACAAAGAAGUCGUGUUAGUCAAAUUACUAAGAAAAUACUUCAUCUUAAAAAAGGCGGCCACUAUUAUAGGCGUUUACAGUUAUUUUCAGGAACGGAGGUGAUUGAUCGAUAG